GUGUGAUAGUUAGUUGAUUAUCCCCAUUUUAAAAGAGAGUUGACAUAUAAAAUUAUGAAACCCUAGGCCUGUUCUUGCUGGCCUUGGAUCUCUCCCUCAUUUCAUUCCUGUUGAUAUUUGAUCUGUACAUACUCACCUUACAAAACAUCCAUCUGACCAAUUUCGAAUCUUGUCCUCUCAUAAUAAAAUGACAAUCCUUUACACGCUUGUUGCCAGGGGAUCUGUUGUCUUGGCGGAAUUCAGCAGCACCCAAACCAACGCCACCACAAUUUCCAGACAAAUUCUUGACAAAAUCCCAGGAAAUAAUGACAUGAAUGUUUCUUAUUCUCAAGAUCGUUAUAUUUUUCAUGUUAAACGUACUGAUGGUCUCACUGUUCUUUGUAUGGCUGAUGAUGUUGCCGGAAGGCGAAUUCCGUUUGCUUUUCUUGAAGAUAUUCAUCAGAGAUUUGUGAGGACUUACGGGCGAGCGGUUUUAUCUGCCCAAGCUUAUGGUAUGAAUGAUGAGUUUUCCAGGGUUCUUAGCCAACAAAUGGAGUAUUACUCUAACGAUCCUAAUGCUGAUAGGAUUAACCGAUUAAAAGGUGAAAUGGGUCAGGUACGCACUGUGAUGAUUGAGAAUAUUGACAAGGUAUUAGAGAGAGGUGAUCGGUUGGAGUUGCUUGUAGAUAAAACUGCCAAUAUGCAAACAAAUACGCUGCGCUUCAGAAAGCAAACUCGCCGAUACAGAAGUACAGUUUGGUGGAGAAAUGUCAAGCUCACGGUUGCUCUCAUCUUGCUUAUCCUGGUGAUUAUAUACGUUGUAUUGGCAUUUGUUUGCCAUGGGGUUACACUUCCUAGUUGUAUAUAAGGCGUGGACUGGAAUAACAAAGGUGGCUUGGGUUACAUUUGAUAACUCAAAUUCUUGAUUUGGAGCUGAAAGUAGAUCAAAAUCUGAGCAGUUGCUUGAAAUAAAUCUGCUUCAAUUCCAUUUCCGAUUGCGAAUAUGGGCGAUUACUUGUCGCUCGUGUGGGAUUGUUUUGCUUGGUAUAUCUUGUGUGAAGUUGUUCAGUUGUUGUCCUCGUGAAACGUUCUUGCACAUGUUUAUAAUUAUAAAUUAUGAAUGUUAAUUAUUCAAACUAUAUAUGUUGGCCAUUUUUGGAUGUCGUGGGUCUUUAAUUUGAUUCUUGAACAUUGUUAUUGUUUCUAUUUCGUGUAUAAAAGAAACCUUUAAUGUA